AUGUUUUGGUAUUGCUGUGAUUCUUUAAAAUUUGGAUCUGCUAAACGCGAAAUUAAACAAAUAAUAAAAAGCAAUUCAAUAGAAAAUGAUGAACGGUUUGCAAGCAUUUUUACUUACAAUUCAGAAAGGAAUUAUGGAGGGAAUCGGUAUAAUACUGCUUUUGAUUGGGGAGGCAACAAUCAAUUUUCUCAACUUCCAACAACCUUGGAAGAACAAUUUCCAAACAACCAAAAUGUUUCUAAUAAAAUUGGAGAAUUUAUUUGUACAAUGCUUUCUUUACUCUUUUUUAUAAUUACCUUGCCAUUUUCUCUGUUUUUUACUUUAAAGUUUAUCAAUCCAUUCCAAAAAGCUGUUGUAAUGCGACUUGGAAAAUGUCAAAAUAAAGUUUAUGGGCAAGGAAUGAUUUUACUUUUGCCCUUUAUUGAUGAAGUAACGAUUGUUGAUUUGAGGGUCUCCACCAUAGAAUUGCCAACAAUUUAUUUGUUUACCACAGACCGUGGAAUAGUUGAAUUAUCUUGUGUUGUGCUUAUUCAAAUUAUUGACCCAAUUAUUGCUUGUUGUACUGUCCAAAAUAUUAAACAGGUUUUUUUGAAAAAAUCUUUUUUAAUAAAAAAAUUUUUUCCGAUGUUAAAUUUGCUCGUCUACACAGCAUUACAUAGACAUUUGGGAAAACGCAUGUUGAGCGAUAUUACAAAUCCGAAUUGUCUUGCAAAACAUGUGGCUAGUUGUAAGAUGUAUUUCCCUUUCCGGAAAUGUAUAUUUUUUUCCUCACAGAAUGAACUGGACCAAUUUAUUCACAAAUAUGGGGUCAAAAUUGAUGCAAUAAACAUCACAAAAAUUAAUGUAAUUAAACUUGGAGAGAACGGGGCAGUCUCAAUUUUUAAAACUUUAAUUCGUUCUGAUGUUGGUAAACAAUUUUUGGAUGUUUUUGGAUGCCCUGUUAAUAAUUUAAAUAAUUUUAUGAGCGAAAAUGGAGAAGGAAAAAAUAAAGAGAAGAAUUUAAUAAAAUUGUCAAAUGAGGAAUCCAAGAAAAUAGCUGAUACCUUCUCUACAGCUUCAACUGAAAAACAAAAUUCCCCUUCAAUUCUAAAUUCAAUAUCUGAAGAAAAAAUUGUUGUAGAAGAAGAAGAUAAUGAUGAAUUGGAUCAUCUCCUUCAACGUAUCCGCCUCGUAUUAUUUCAAAAUUGUGGUGGAGGGAAUUUAUUGAAACGAGUAAAUAAAUGCUUUCGUGUAAAAUGUACUGAUUGCUUGAAUAAUAAUGAAUUUGAUAUUGAUUUGAGGGAAUCUAGUGGAGGAUGGUGUGGGUGGACAUGGCAGAGAGAAGGAGGUUUUUUUUUAGUUUUUUUAAAUUUUGUUUUGGAUUUUUUCUUUUAUGGUUCCUAAAAUCCGCGAAUUUCGUCCGCAAGUCAUUCUAUUUUUUUUUCUUUCAGUAAUACCACCCCCAACCUUCGAUAUUCUUUCAAAUCCUUCAUUUGUGUCAGUUAUUUAGGGUAAAUUUAUUUAGGGUUCGUUAACCCCAAAGCCAAUUUAUUGGGGUUCGUUCCUCCUUAAAGUCCGCAAAUUUUGUCUGCAAGUCAUUUUAUCCUUUUCUUUCAGUAAUAUCACCCCCAACCUUCGAUAUUCUCUCUACAUUCUUCAAUUCCAACUUUUUUCAAAACCUCCGUUUUCCUCCGUU